CACAAACUUAUUGAUUACCGCGGGGGUUUGCAAUGUUCAUACGGACAAGUUGGUCGGAACAACGGCUACUUAAAUAAUAAAUUCCACAAAGACGGAAUAUAAAUCAUUUAUAUAUGAGACAUCGGUUUCAAUUGUAAGGAUAACAGCGGACGAAACAUGUUUUGAAUGGUGUGAACAAAUAGCUGUGCAUGAAUAUUUUAUAAAACCUACCGAUCGAAAUUAUCGCUCACAGAGCAAACAAAUUAAGACUAGAAUGCGAUAGUGUUGAUCGUAGAAUUUAAUGUAACUUGUAUUAUUUUCAAAAUAUUCAUCAGAGCAAUUCUGGAGUGUUAUUUAAAGGAAAUAUACGUGUUUUGUUAAUAAGAAAAGGUAUACAACUCUGCUGAAAGAAUCUGUACAGACGUUAAAUUCGACUGUGAAACACAGGCACAAACUGAUUAAAAAUCAUUUUAGCAACAUAACUUUAUUGAGAAAAAAUGCCCUCACUGUCGUCCCCUUGGUUUCAUCAAACCGGAAGUGCGCACGACAUCCACGCGCACUCGGGCGUCAAGUCGCCUGGUGGCAGCUCCAUGAGCGAAGCGGAAAUAGAAGAGCUAAACAAGCGCCUGUUGAGACCGACAACCUCCUCGAACGCCAAGCGAUCGCCGUCAUGGAAGCUGGACCAGACGUUCAUGGAACAGGGGCGUCACUCGUGGGCAAAGAUGGAGCUUUUUGAGGACUGCAAGAAAUGCUUGUGGACCAGUGGCGGGGCCAUUAAGAAGUCAUGCAAAACCAGACCCACGGAGAAAAAGAUGGAGGGUAUGCGGAACCCGUACCUUUGAUCGGCGCCAACGUUACACGUUCGCGUGCAUUUAGUCGUCAGUCGGACUCAACGUCGCCUGACGUCGAAUAAACGUGUGUGCUUUCAUAGUGUGCAAUCACAUAGAUAAAACGUGUGACUGGGUUGUAGAUAAUUGAUUAUACACCCUGCUUGUUAUUUACACUACAGUAGCCAAGUGGAUCUUCAGCAGAACAUGAUUGGAACUCUUUAAGUUGAUUCAUUGCGUUUUUCUUGCUGUCUUUAUUUCCCUAUGUACGGACAAACUAGAUUUUCUUUACGUGAAUUUAUGAACUUUACGCUUGCAAGCUGUAAGCUAUACCGUAUGUAAUCUGUAUUUAAAUUUGCUGAAAAUAAGUAUGGCUGAAUUAUACAUCGUUGUUGCAACAACAAUACGUUAGAGUUCUUUUUUCGAGUAAAGUGUUUCUCUUGUUAUCUUGUUAUUUAACUGUUAUGAUUUUCGAGUUAAUAACUUGUUUUAUACUAACCAUAUGCUCCGUAAUACAGUUGAAGUUAGUUAAUCUACCUAUGUACGAAUGGAUGCAUGCCGUUUAUAUAUGUAAAUGCAAUCCCCAUGCUACAUACUUGUAUAUUUGUUGUUAUAUUAUAUAAUUUAACCCAGUAAUCUUUGGGGUGCUCAAUAUUGUAAGAAUUGUUUGUUAAGCGACUCUUAGUCAGCUAUACAGUAUUACUCGUUGUCAGCUAUACAGUAUUACUCGUUGUCAGUAUUAGUUUGUUUAUGUUUAGCUUAUUUGAUAUGUAAACAUAAUAUACUGCUUUAACAAUAAAAUUGUUUAUGUUUUAAA